AUGGGCGAGAGGAGGAAUAGUGUAUUUGUGUUGUCAGCAGAACACGAUGGCAUCAUAGCUGUGGAAUCUGGGAUGAUGACUGUCCGUCAGAAACGCCUCCAGCAAAGAGCUGAAUACCUUCUCUCAUCAUUAGAGCAGAGUGAUGUUUUGCAGGGACUGGCAUAUAAUCAAGACACUGUUUGGAUCUUUAUUCCGGUGUCUGCUUUGGUUUCAGAGUCUCUGUGGACUUCCUUUGCUGAUGGCAGAGUGAAACUGAGAAUAGAUAACUCAUGUCCGCAAACCCCCAUAACGGUCCAUCAGAUGUUCAAGGAGAGCCUAGAAAAAUAUGGAUCUCUUAAUGCUUUGGCUAGCAAAAAGAAUGGAAAGUGGGAGAAGAUAACUUUUUCAGAGUAUUACUGCCUUUCCAGGAAAGCAGCCAAGAGCUUCUUGAAGCUUGGUCUUGAACGAUUCCACAGUGUAGCAAUCCUUGGAUUUAAUUCUCCAGAAUGGUUCAUCUCAGCUGUUGGAGCUGUUUUUGCUGGAGGAAUUGUCACAGGAAUAUAUACAACCAAUUCUCCAGAGGCCUGCCACUACAUCGCUUAUGAUAGCAAAACCAAUAUCAUGGUUGUGGAAAAUCAGAAGCAACUGGACAAGAUAAUGCAGAUCUGGAAUCGCUUGCCACACUUGAAAGCAGUUGUGCUAUCUAAGGACUCCAUUCCAGAGAGACAUCCAAAUUUGUAUACGAUGGAAGAGUUUCUGGAGUUGGGAGACGACAUAUCUGAUACUACUUUGGAUGAUAUUAUUAACUCCCAAAAGCCGAAUCAGUGCUGUGUACUAGUAUACACGUCCGGAACAACUGGGAAGCCGAAAGGAGCCAUGCUGAGUCAUGACAAUGUAACUUGGACAUCAGCACAUUGCAGCAGAGCAGGAGAUAUGCAACCUGCAGAGGUCCAACAGGAGUCUAUAGUCAGUUAUCUCCCACUCAGCCACGUAGCUGCGCAGAUGUAUGACCUGUGGACUGGAAUCAAAUGGGGAGAGCAAGUUUACUUUGCUGAGCCAGAUGCUCUGAAGGGCAGCUUGAUCAACACACUAAAAGAAGUGCAGCCAACAUCUCACAUGGGAGUUCCCCGAGUAUGGGAGAAAAUCAUGGAGAAAUUAAAGGAUGCUUCUGCUCAGUCAGGAUUUAUGAAGAAGAAAAUCCUGUCAUGGGCUAUGUCACUUAGCUUAGAGAGAAACCUAAACUGCUCAAGCAGCAGUGAUUUAAAGCAGUUCUGGACGAGAUUAGCAGACUACUUAGUGCUUGCAAAAAUACGCGGUGCGCUGGGUCUUUCUUGCUGUCAGAAGCACUUUUGUGGUGCUGCUCCUCUCAACGAAGAAACGCUGUAUUUCUUCUUGGGUCUGAACAUCACUCUGUAUGAGGCCUAUGGGAUGAGUGAGACCACAGGUCCGCAUUGCCUAUCUGGGCCUCGUAUUUACAGGCAGCACAGCUGUGGUAAACCAGCACCUGGCUGCAGGGUGAAAUUGGUGGAUGAAGAUGCAGAAGGCAAUGGAGAGAUCUGUUUCUGGGGAAGGACUGUUUUCAUGGGUUAUUUAAAUAUGGAAGACAAAACAAAAGAAGCCUUUGAUGAGGAUGGGUGGCUACAUUCUGGAGAUCUGGGAAAACUAGACAAGGAUGGCUUUCUCUAUGUCACUGGAAGAAUUAAAGGUGUGCAGUGUCGACUAGAGAGAGAAAUAGCUUUGAUAGUUGCAAGAUCAAUGCCUAUUCCACAUGAGAAGGUUGACUGGAAGUUAUUUCUCAUCAUGGUUCUCGUGGAGCAGUAG